AUGACCGACAUAAUCUCUACGCUUAGAGAUGAUACAAGAUUCAAUUAUUCGGAUGUCGUGAGAAAGAUCCAACAAGAAGAUAAUUCAGUCCCACACCAUGCACACUUGCAUAACACAGUAGAGUUGUUCGCAUUCGGAAAUUACCCACACUACGUAAAGUAUCAACCACAUUUCAUUGAUUUGGAUAAAACCCUUUUGCUUAAACUAAUCAAAUUAACCAUAUUGGCAAUGUGCUCAGAGAAUGAGGGCAAAAUAAUACUGGUAGAAGAUAUGGAAAGGGACUAUGGAUUAGAAUCUGCUAUCCAUCACUACACACAAGUGGCGAACAGCACCACUGAGGUUGAACAGUACCAAUUUUCCAAUGAUUGUCACUUACUCGAGAGUAUACUAUUUUCGAUGAUUGAUGAUUCAUUGAUUAAUAUUAAGAUAGACGAUAUUUGUAAACUGAUCAGAGUCGUAAAGAGUUUCAAACUUAGAGAUAGCUACAACAGAAAUGAUGUUAAGUUGUUGGUAUUGAAGGAAGAGGACAUCCCCAGAAAUGCAGGAACAUCAUAUGCCAAGUUGGAGAAAUGGCUAAACGAGAACGUGAAACCUGCUCAGACAGAAUACGGAACGAACUUGAAGAAAUUUAAUGAAAAAAACAUAAUGAAUCAAAACUGA